CGGAGCGAGCAAACGGGGAAGUGACACGUUUUCUGUUUAUGUGAGGCAAAGAUGGCAGAGAGCAGCCCCAUAGUAGAUUCUGCAUGUGUAUCUGCCGUGAGCAUGGAGGCUAUCUCAGCUCUGACGGAGCUGGAUGAUCUGGAGCAGGUCUAUCAGCAGCUCUGCACCGAGGAGAAAAAGGUGGAGACUGAGCUGGAGAAAUUGGUUGUGCAGCAGGGGAACAUUGACACCAAGAUGCUCGCUCUUCAAAGGAUGGGGCCCAACCUGCAGCUGAUAGGAGGAGAUGCCAGUCAGCUGUCUGGCAUGAUUACAUUCACGUGCAGCCUGGCAGAGAAUGUCAGCAGCAAAGUCCGCCAGCUAGACCUGGCAAAGACCCGGCUUUAUAAGGUUAUCCAGCGGGCUGAUGACAUCCUGGACCUGAAGUUCUGCACAGACGGCGUUCAGACGGCGCUACACAAUGAGGACUACGAACAGGCUGCUGCCCACAUCCACCGCUACCUAUCUCUCGACCAAUCAGUCAUUGAGCUAAGCCGCCAAGGAGAAGAGAGCAGUGCUGUGGACGCUAGCCUGGCCAUGCUUCAAGAGGCAGAGCAGCGAUUGAAAGUCCUGGUUGCGGAGAGACUGGAUGAGGCUGUUACCAGGGGUGAUCUGGCGCAGGUGGAAAGAUUCUUUAAAAUCUUCCCUCUGCUUGGCCUCCACGAGCAAGGCCUGGCUCGCUUUGGCCAGUACCUCUGCAGCCAACUGGCCUCUAAAGCAGAUGAGAACCUGCUCUUGGCUGUGGGAGGAGAGCUGGGAGAGAGGAGAGCUGCUCUGGUCUUUGCUGACACCCUGACUCUGCUGCUGGAGGGCAUAGCUCGUGUUGUGGAGACCCACCAGCCCAUCGUAGAGACGUACUACGGUCCAGGCUACCUGUAUACUCUCAUCACUCACCUGCAGCAGGAGUGUGACCGACAGGCCCAGAAAGUAGUUGACAAGUUCAUCCAACAGAGAGACUACCACAACAAGUUUCAGAUCGUCCAGAGCAGCAUGAUGAAGAGUGUGCCCRCUGAGAGGAUUGAACCCAGGGAGCUGGAUCCUGUAUUACUGGAAGUCACUCUGAUGAAUGCCAGGUCGGAGCUUUACUUAAGAUUCCUGCGCCGUCGCAUGAUGGCCGACUUUGAGGUUGGGGAUGCUAUGGCAACACCUGGCAUCGUCCAAGAGCACAAGCAUAAUGUGGAGAAACUGCUGAAACACUGCAUGCUGGGCCAGCUCAUGCAGGAGCUGAUUGGCUACUACAUUCCAAUGGAGGAGUACUACAUGAGGGAGACMGUCAGCAAGGCUGUAGCUAUGGAUACAUAUGAGAAGGGUCAGCUGACGUCCAGCAUGGUGGAUGACUGUUUCUACAUUGUGAAGAAGUGCAUCAGCAGAGCYCUGUCCAGCUCCAGCAUUGACUGUCUGUGUGCCAUGAUCAACCACUCAACCUCAGUUCUAGAGUCUGACUUCAGGGAGGUGUUGUAUAAUAAGCUGGGGCAGGGCUUCCCUGCGACCACGCUGCAGGACAUCCAGCGUGGGGUGAGCAGUGCAGUGAGUCUGAUGCAGAGCAGCCUGCAGCAGGGCAAGUUCAACAACCUGGGCAUUGACAGCGCAGAGGUCGCCAAGGCUGCCUUCCUGGUGACUCUGAAUAACGUGGAGGUGUGUAGUGAGAACAUCACCACUCUGAAGAGGAACCUGGAGAGUGAUUGCUCCAAGUUGUUCACUCAGGGGGCGGGAUCAGGAGAGCAAGCUAAGAUUGACAGCUGUCUGUCAGACCUCGUCAACACGUCCAGCAAGUUCAAGGAUCUCUUGCAGGAGGGCCUGACRGAGCUGAACACCACAGCCAUCAAGCCUCAGGUCAAACCGUGGAUCAGCAGCUUCCUGUCCAUCUCACACAACAUAGAGGAGGUACGAACACACACACUAGGCCACACCCUUCCCCCCCAGUGUGUGACUAAUGUUUUUUUUGUGCAGGAGGAGUUUAAUGAGUACGAGGCCAACGACCCCUGGGUCCAGCAGCUCAUCGUCAACCUCGAGCAGCUCAUGGCAGAGUUCAAGGCGGGGCUCUCUUCAGUUAUCUACGACACACUGACUAGCCUCAUGACCAGUUUGGUCUCCAUGGAGAUGGAGAAGACCGUCCUGAAGUGCACCUUCAGCAGGCUGGGAGGGCUUCAGUUUGAUAAGGAGCUGCGUUCUCUGGUGGCCUACCUCACUACUGUCACCACCUGGACUAUUAGGGACAAGUUUGCUCGGCUCACUCAGAUGGCCACCAUCCUCAACCUGGAGCGGGUAACAGAGAUCCUGGAUUACUGGGGCCCGAACUCUGGUCCUCUAACUUGGCGUCUCACUCCAGCGGAGGUCCGGCAGGUUCUGGCACUUCGCAUCGAUUUCCGCAGUGAGGACAUCAAGAGGCUCCGCCUCUAACCCUGCUACCCAGAGAAUGUGCUGGUGCACAUGUUACAUGGGACUAGACUCAUGCUGAUUGGUCUUUGAGGAAAAAGAGGAGUGUGCAGGUGGAUCCCCUGAGAGGAAGUCCCUGCUGCUCCUAACCUCUGCUGGCCUCAUAGGAGGUGGAGGAAGAGGUUGCCCCUAACUACAAAUUCAGUGAUAGAUAUUUGUUUAACCCCCAAAUGGUUACAGUUAGGUUUGAGGUAGGGUGAUCUGAUCCUAGAUCUGUAGUUAAUGCUACUUCUACCUCAUACAGCCAAUCAGAGCCAGAAGUAACAGCAGUAAUGGAACUAUGGGAUUGUGGAACAGUGGGAUUAUGGAUUUGAGCCUUUUGGCUUGGAUUAAUGAAUAUUAUGUAACAUAUUAAAUGUAAAAUAUUAAAGUGUUCUCUCGAAGA